CCCGGAUUGGGGGGUGGGGGCAUUUUGGGCGCUAGCAGAGUUUGGGAAGGACUUUUGUGCAACUCCGUAGAAGAAACUGGGAGCAAAAGUAGAGAAAAACGGGUGACUUAUUUUUCCCAGCGAUGCAGCUCCAGGAGUGGUUCCGGUCCCUACGCUCCGGCGGGGGGGUGCGUUUGCCGGAAGCGGACGAGAUCCGGAGCCUCCUCCCCUCCCUGCCGUACUCCUCCUCCUUCUCCCUGUCCUCCCUCUCCCUGUCGCCCUCCUCCCUGCUGGGGCUGGGGGCGCUGGCCUCCCUCACUGCCUACUGGCUGGUGACUCGGCCCCGCCCCAUCCGGCCGCCCUGCGACCUGCACUCCCAGUCCAUGCCCAUGCAGGGAGACCCCAGCUGCAGACGCUCAGCUCUGCUUAAGGACGACACGCUGCUGGAUUUCUACUACGAGGACACCAGGACGGCCUACGACAUGUUCCAGAGGGGCCUGGGAGUGUCAGGGGACGGGCCGUGUCUGGGAUUCAGGAAGCCAGGGGAGCCGUACCAGUGGAUUUCAUACACAGAGGUGGCUGAACAGGCACAGGUGCUGGGCUCUGGUCUUCUGGCGAAAGGUUGCAAGCCCAACCCUCAGCAGUUCAUCAGCAUCUUUGCACAGAACAGGCCAGAGUGGGUAAUUGCAGAACUUGCCUGUUAUACCUUCUCCAUGACUGUGGUGCCACUUUAUGACACACUGGGCUUGGAGGCCAUGGUGCACAUCCUCAAUCUGGCGGAGAUCUCGCUGGUGAUCUGUGACCGGGAAGAGAAGGCGGAGUCGCUGCUGAGCAACAAAGAGAAAGGCGUGACCCCAACGCUUUCCUGCCUGGUUCUCUUUAAUCCCUUCAGCACCGCCCUGGUGGAGAGGGGGAGGAACUGCGGGGUGGAGAUAGUGCCACUGUCCCAGAUCAUGGAACUCGGGCGACAGAAUCUGAAGGAUCCCGUGCCACCCAAACCGGAGGACCUGGCGGUGGUGUGUUUCACCAGCGGCACCACAGGGAAGCCUAAGGGAGCCAUGAUUACCCACGGCAACAUUGCGUCAAACACCUCCUCUGUCAUCAAGAUCCUGGAGGGCUCCUUCGUCAUUCGUCAGGAGGACGUGUCCAUCUCCUACCUGCCCCUCGCCCACAUGUUCGAGCGCAUGAUCCAGGUGUCCAUGUUCUGCCACGGGGCCCGGGUGGGCUUCUACCAGGGGGACAUCUCGCUGCUGAUGGACGACAUCAAGACGCUGAGGCCCACCUUCUUCCCCGUGGUACCGCGGCUCCUCAACCGCAUCUACGACAAGAUCGUGGGCUCGGUGACCUCCCCGCUGCGGCGGGCGGUGCUUCAGUACGCGGUCCGGAGGAAGCAGGCGGAGCUGAGCAGUGGCGUGGUGCGGAACAACAGCCUGUGGGACCGGCUGGUCUUCAACAAGAUUCAGGCUAAUCUAGGAGGCAAUCUGAGGUUCAUUCUCACCGCCUCCGCCCCUAUCUCGCCCACCGUGCUCUCCUUCCUCAGGGCUACGCUGGGCUGUCUGAUAUUUGAGGGUUACGGUCAGACUGAAUGCACUGCCGGCUGCACCUUCUCCAUGCCAGGAGACUGGACCGCAGGUCAUGUUGGUGCCCCCCUGCCCUGUGCCAUGGUGAAACUGGUCGACAUCCCCGAAAUGAACUACUACGCCAAGAAUGGAGAGGGAGAGAUCUGCAUUCGGGGUCACAGCGUGUUUCAGGGGUACCUGCAGGACGAGGAGAGGACGGCAGAAGCUCUGGACGGCGAGGGCUGGCUGCACACGGGCGACGUGGGGCAGUGGCUGCCGAACGGCACCCUGCGUAUCGUCGAUCGGAAGAAGCACAUCUUCAAGCUGUCGCAGGGCGAGUACGUCGCCCCGGAGAAGAUCGAGAACGUCUACACGCGCUGCGUGCCCGUGCUGCAGGUCUUUGUUCACGGAGACAGCCUGCAGUCUCACCUGAUUGGCAUCGUCGUGCCCGACCCGGAGGUGUUCGCGGAGUGGGCCAAAGAGCAGGGCAUCGUGGGAUCGUACGGAGAGCUCUGCCAGAAUCCUGAUGUGAACAAAGCUGUGCUGGAGGACAUGAGAGCAGUGGGGAAAGAGGCGGGGCUGAAGUCCUUUGAGCAGGUGAAGGACAUCUAUCUGCACCCGGAGGUUUUCAGUGUCAGCAACGGCCUGCUCACCCCGACUCUGAAGAGCCGAAGAGUGGACAUCCGCAGGGUCUUCCAAGAGCAGAUAGAGCACAUGUACAGCAAGACUCCUCUGUAGACCCUAUAGCAACACACUCAGGCCUACACAAACAAGCUGGAAACAACUGGAUCAACCAUGGUACUUUACUUUCACUGGACCAUAAUACCAUUAGCUGCAGGUUGUCUCAUACUCAGGUUAAAGGGAGGCAGUAGUGUAUACUGGGAUUGUGAAUUAGUUUGUAAUUACUAAAGUGGAGGUCGGUAAUACAUUAGCAGGGUAUAUUCUAAUCAGUCAUUUAAACGUACAGGCACAGGUGCACUUGACACACAAGUUGUUGAUAAAAUGUGAUGUGUGUGCCUUAAACCAUGGUACUUAGUCGAAAGGUUCGAGACAAUAGUCUGUUUUAGACUAGUAGUGUUUUUGCUGUUACCAGCUGCAGUUUUGGUGUGAUCGGCCUUGACAAGCUAGGCAGCAUUAAAUAGUUUACAGAGCUGACGUACCAUAGCAUCGGUGUGUCGUAGAAGCAGGGGACAUUGUUAGACAGAACGAGAGGAAGGUGGAAGUUACUGGCAUAACUAACAUCUGAGGUCUGUGCAUGCCUUGGCGUGGACUGUGAUGCACCUUGUUGUUAAACUGUACAAUCAUACACAGUAAUCAGACAUUAGCGCUAACUGUCGAAGGGAAAUGACUCGAUGUCUAACUGCAUUCACACCAGAUCAGGCAAUGUCACUGCAUGGCCCAUUUGUGUGACGCCAUGUUGUGAACUUUAACCCCCUCCCCCCAGUCGACUAACUCAAAAAAAAGAAGAAAAAAAAAUGGAUACAAACGCAAACCGAAGGAAGCUUCUUGCUAUUGUUAUUUUGCAGCGUAGACUGCCAGCCAGAUGCAGACGUCAAAGCUGGGUACACGAAAUAAACCAAACGAGGACACUGGGAGAGUAUCAUCGUUUAGUCCAUGAACUCCAUAGUACAAUAAACUAACAUGCAAGAACUGCUAAAUAGCGAUUCUUUUAUACAGCUUAAUUCCGAUGUUCGGAAUUGAUAUUUAGCUAGUAAUUAUUGUUUCGGUACUCGUCCCAUUACCCGGUACUGUCAAAUCACAAUGACAAUCAUAAAAUCAAAACUUAGGAAAUGAAUCGCGUCAGUAAUUCAUCUGCUAUGUAAAAAGCAGAAUGAUACAUGGUAAUUUAAACAACUUACGUGAUUGGCCACUGCAGCGUGACGUCGGGUUGCGUUCCGGCAAAAGUUGAUUCUGGUUCUACUUUCAUGCCGCAGGCCGCUGCGUUUUUUUUCGGCACCCCAUGCGGUCUCCACUGCCGCAGCCUAAACGUACUACCCCCAUUCAAAUGAGUGGGAAGACUGCCGCUUUUGCCGCAUUACCUGAUCUGGUGUGAAUCCAGCCUGGACAUUGAUGGACAUUGUAUCGUGGUCAGAAAGUGCCUGGCCUGGUGAUUAGAAAAUAGCAUAGGAAAGCAGACAGUUCAAGAGCCCAUGUGUGGACAGAUUAGUCGCUUAUGAAUAAUUGUAGUCUUUGUUUCUCUGUUCCCUUUUUUGAAAAGAGAAAAGAUAGGCGCAGUGCUUUGUUUUCCUUUUCAUUAACAAACAAAAUCAUGGGCAACAAGGGUAAAAUCUAAUUUACCCAGAAUAAUGGGUAAAAUGUAUGAUAAAUGCAAAAUAAUUGCUUUUGAUUGUGAAGCAAGUUUCUGAUAAAUGUAAAAGCCUGCUUAUCAGUAGAUGAAAGAUAUUGCUGUAUAAUGUAAAAGUGAUUUGCUGGUAAAUUAAAAACUGUCUUACCAGUAGUAUAAAACCAUUGCUAAUAAAUGUAAAGUCUUUUGUCGUUAUAUGCAAAAAAUAUUGCUAGUAAAUGUAAAACUGAUGGUAAGUGUGAAGAGAAUACUGGUAAAUGUACAACUGUGAGCACAUAGUUAAUGUAAAUAUUUUCUAGCAUGAUGUAUAUGUGAAAGCGAUUGUCAACAUCCCUUUAAGAGGCUUAGAUAAAACAAGGAUCUUGCAUCAAAUUGGUUUUAGAUACAAAACCCUUUUGUUGAUCUAAUCCGUUCUAAAAAGUCAUCUUUACACGUAAGCGCUAUCAUCAAAGCCUAACCGGCGUGUAAUUAGUGAACACCUGUAAGUCUUUUUAAAGUUACGUUACGCUUCUACACAUUCUGGCAGUUACCUCCCCAGACAAUGCUAUGACAAAUUAUGCGCCUGCGCCUCCAUCGCAGCUAACAACAUGUCCUCACAAUGUUGCUGGAAUGUCUUAUCUGUGUUACAGCAUUGCCACAACAUUCUAACAACAUUGUGGGAACGUUUAGCAUUUGCUGGGAUGUGGCCCUGCUGGCAAAUACCAGCACUGGAAGGGUCAGGAUUCGAGACCAGCCCACAGGGCACAUCCGCAACCCAGCAGCCCCUGCAAGCAAUUUAUUGACAUUACUUAUAGUUAAAAUUUUACUUGUGAUUAUUGUUUUUUUUUUAAAAAUUUUUAACGUUUACCGUCUACGUUUUUACAUUUAUAGGCAACAUUUUUAUAUUUUGAGUUUACCAGUUGCACCUGGGUGCUGAUUGGUUGCUAUGAGUUAAGCUUUCUCAUUCAUCUCUUGGCCAAGGUCAGUUCCAUACCUAAUGCCAUUGUAAUUUAAAAAGCUCUCACUGUAACGUAUGCAGUUUGUAUAAAUAUGCAGUUGAUUUGUAAAUGGAUGGUGAACUUUAAACUGUAAAUACUGAGAAUGGAUGCAAAUCAAAAAUGCAGAUUGUAUACUAUGAUAUGAACUAAUUCCCAAGGUUGUAGGAAUUUUGGAAUCAUUCUGAAUGGAGAAAUAAAGAUGUUAUCAUCCGUGA